AGGGGGGCUGAGCGUGACCACCAGCGGCUCCCCCCGGCUCCUCCCUGAGGGGCUGGAGCUGGGCGGGGACCCGGGCCCACCUCUCCCUGAAGGAGCCUGAGCUGGUCCUGCUGCCGCCCCUUCCCCUGGGAGGAGAGACACUCAGAGAAGCAGAGACCAGGAGAGACACAGAGGCGGCUAGCCAGGGAGAUGUGAGGCGGGAGACAGGAGCUGAGGGGGGGAGGCCCAGCGGGCGCAGGUCAGGACCAGCCCCCAGGGUGAAGACGGGGGCGAGGAGCCCCAGACCAUGGCUCCCUCUGCACUGACCACAGGGAAGCCCUUUUGCAACAAAGGAAAAGAAGAAGCCAGGUUGAUAAAGGAAGUGCCCGUCACUGUCGGGGUGGGCGGGUUUGGGGAAGGCCCCCACCCUCCUCCGUCCUCUGGAGGAGCCUGGUCCUCACUCCUGGUGCUGAGUGUCCCCCAGGCCCCCACAGGCCUCCCCUCCGGCCUUGAGGGCUCUGCCUGUCCUCUCACCCGGGAGGGGGGCAAGGCCAUGGGGCUGCCCCUGCUGCUGCCCCUGCUGCUCCUGGCGUCUCUGCAGGCUGGUCACUGGGCACAGAGAAAUCCAGAACCUCUCUUUGAGAUGAAGCAACCAAGGAAUCUCUCAGCCCCCGAGGGUGGCUCCAUUCACAUCCCCUUCUCCUUCUCUUACCCCGGGAAAUUAGCCAAGGAUCCCAACGUGAGAAUAUCCUGGAGAUGGAAACACUUCCAUGGGGAGUACAUCUACAACAUGACCCCUCCAUUCAUCCAUGAGAAUUUCAAGAACCGGCUCUUCCUGAACUGGACAGAGCGUGAGAAGACCGGCUCCCUCCGGAUCUCAGACCUGCGGAGGGAGGACCAGUCUGUGUACUUCUGCCAGGUGGCAUUAGACACACUGGCAUACGGCAAGCAGCGGUGGCAGUCCAUCGAGGGGACCAAACUCACCGUCACCCCCGCCACCAAAACAACCACCUGGGGUCCUAUCACCACCACCACCACAGCUGGCCUCGGGGGCUCAGAGGGCAAAAGGAGUUCCAAGCUGUGGUCCCUGACCAUGGAAGCUACAGUCGGGUUGGCACUGGCCAGCGUUGUGCUGCUCAAGAUCCCGAUCGUGGGACUGGCUGUGUACCUUUGGUGGAAGAGAAGCAAAGGUGUGCGGACUGAAGCCAGGACCCCAGCCAGGGAGUCCUCCCAAAACGCGGAAGAGAAUUACGAGAACACCGGGAAUAAAGGAUGACGCUGGAGUCCCCAAUGCCUCCCUCACUGUCUCCAGCUUGAGCUCACCAACUCAGCAGAGCCUCCCCUCCCCCCUCCCCACUGGGAACCCCAGGAAGAGACCCUAUACUCUGUCUUAAAGGCCUAAGGAGUGGGACUGAGUGGGGACCUGCUUCGAGUCAGCUGCGCACAGGGAUCUCAGCUCCUCAUAAUCUCCCCGGCCAGACGCAGACAGCUGAGAGGCCGGCAGGUACGGGGCCACCAAGGACCUGAGAGUCACACAGCCCCCGCCCCAAUUCCCUCUUCACCUCCCCAGCCUUUCACCACAAAAAUAAAAGGACCUGUACAAUCUGCCUGAA